UUGCCGAACUCUUCCCGACUGGGCAACGAUUUUCCAGCUUCGCUAUCGCUGUAGCUUCAGCAGGGAAAGAGAUCUACUUCUAGCCGGGUUUAGGAGCCGUUGCUGUGGACAGAGAGACCAGGGAUGUGAGCGGCCAUUGAGGGCGACCAGGGUGCCGGUGAGCCGCCCCCCCAUCUGCUUGGUGUGCGGGCUGUGCUUCGAGGGCCUGAGCUUCGAUGGAGGACCACAUGACGGGGCACAACAAGGAGAAGCGUUAUGAGUGCAACGUAUGUGGCAAGGCCUGGCAGUACCCGAGCGAGCUGGAAACCCACCGGCGGGUACACACGGGAGAACGUCCCUUCGACUGCUUGGAGUGCGGCAAGAACUUCAUGACGGCAAAGGGCCUGAAUAGACACCAGCGGGUGCACACGGGCGAGAGGCCCUAUGAAUGCUCCACCUGCGGCAAGAGCUUUACCCAGUUGGCGAAUCUGCGGGAGCACCAGCGGGUGCACAGCAGUGAGCGGCCCUUCACCUGCCCUGACUGCGGCAAAGGCUUCAAGUCGUCCAACCACCUGAAGGUGCACAGGCGCGUGCACAUCAGGGAGCGGCCCUACACCUGCAGCGACUGCGGCAAGAGCUUCACCCAGUACAGCGGCCUGCUGAGGCACCAGCGCACCCACACCGGCGAGCGUCCCUACACCUGCGUCCAGUGCGGCAAGGACUUCACCAGCUCCUCCAACCUGCUGAUGCACCAGCGCUCCCACACCGGUGAGCGCCCCUUCACCUGUGCCCAGUGCGGCAAGGGCUUCACCCACUCCAGCAGGCUGCUGGAGCACCAGCGCACCCACACCGGCGAGCGCCCCUACACCUGUGCCCAAUGCGGCAAGUGUUUCACCCGCUCCGACUACAUGCUGAAGCACCAGCGCACCCACACCGGCGAGCGUCCCUACUCCUGCGUCCAGUGCGGCAAGGUCUUCAUCUGCUCCACCAGUCUGCUGUCCCACCAGCGGGUGCACGCCGGCAGCCGCCCUGUCCCCAGCCCAGUGUGUGGAGAGCACUUUGCCAUGGCCUCCCACGCCCUGUCUCACCAGCAUGUGCACACCAGUGGCCCGCCCUACGACUGCCCGUACUGUGGUGAGUCGUUUGACAGCUCGCGGGGGUUGCGACAGCACCGGCGGGCCCACGUCGGCAAGCAGCUGCUCCCACUGUGACAAGAGAACAUGGGGGCGGCGGGAGCACCAGUGGAUACACACCGGAGAGGGACCCUUUGUGUGCGCUGAGUGUGCCAAGGGUUGCACCUAUCCAUGUUCUCCACAGAUGCUGCCUGACCCGCUGAGUUACUCAAGCACUGUGCGAAACGUCACCUAUCCAUGUC